UGAAGAAUGACCCGGGUAUUUUACUGCUAGAUACCUAUAUUGAUUGAAUUUCAGGUCAACCAGCCAGGCCAGGUUAUUAAACUUACAGUAUGUUUUUAUAAAUAACAACUCAACCCGCAUUUGCAUUUUGGUUCAGGUUAAUUUACCUGAAAUUUUAAAACUAUUUAAUGAAAAGCAUAAACACGUUGAAAGCUUAAUAAAGACAUGACUUACGCACGAUUAAUUAAAUUUAAUGGUAUGCAUUGUAUUAAAUAUUAUAUUAAUAUUUGUCGUUUAAUACAGUUAUUAAAGAUUAAUAAUCUUUGCAGGAGGGAAAGAAAAUUAUAGCAAUAAAAUAUUCAAGCACAAAUCCAAUCAGGGAAGUCUCACACUGUUAUUACACGUAACACAAAUCGCAUGCCUGAAAUAUUCGCCAUCAAACAUUCAUGGUCACUGCAAUUCACCACUAGAAUUCUCACGCCAAUUUUCAAUAUAUUUGAUCGGACAGUUCAUUUAUUCGAUAGGUUCAGACAGCAUUAGACUUAUCUUUGGAAGCCAUUCAACGUUCAAAAAUGUCGAUAGAGGGUUAUAAACGAGUUAGAAAUAAAAAAAUAUCGCGUUUUUCGCUUCAGAAUAUGCUAAGGUGUCUUGAAGACCCUGAACACCCUUCGGGGGGUCCGUAUCUCCGCUUUCUGAACCUCACGGGAAACUGGCACCCGAACAUGGAAUUAAAAUCUACCCGUUUCAAACAGUUGGUAUAUUACAUGACCAUGGCUUUUUUCUUCAGUCAAUAUUUAAAAUGUGUGAUGAGCUUAAAUCUCAGUGCUCUCCUUUUCAUUCUACAAACUGCCCCUUUUCACAUGGGUACUCCUAAGACCAUCUAUUUCCGAAAGGACCAUCAUCUCUGGCAGAAACUGAUCGACUAUAUAUCACGCACUGAGCUGCGACAGCUCUCUGAUGAAGAUGAAGAAGUUAUCGACAUUAUAGAAGAAUAUAUUGGGAAGGGUAGAAGAGUAAUUUACCUAUUUUGGUUUAUGGCUAUUUCUUGCAAUAUAAGCAUAUUCACUGAGCCGUACCAGAAGAAUCAAUUUAUGGAGAAUGGAACGGAUAUUUAUGUACCGCUUUUCCAUUUUUACUUUCCUUUCAACCAAGACGUUCCCCCAGGAUACUAUUAUUCUAUGUUUCUUCAGACAAUUCUAGGUAAUAUAAUGAGUACUUACGUUAUCUCUUGGGACUCGUUGGUAAUAUCUACGUUCAUAUUUUUCGCCGGUCAGCUCAAGAUUUCUCGCGUGUAUUGUACUAAAAUUAUAGACCCUGAAAGCAAAGAACAAAGUCACGAGAAUAUUAUAAAAUGUCACCGCUUCCACACGUCUCUUAUCGAGCACCAGAAAUUAUUCCAAAAACUGAUAUCGCCCGUCAUGUUCGUGUACCUUAUUGUGAUAUCUAUCAACCUAGGAUCCAGCAUCAUACAAAUCUCAAAUGCGUCAGGCGAUUUACCAAUAUUGAUGGGGGCCAUGUUAUUUGUAUUUGGCAUUCUAAUCCAACUUUUAAUAUUCUAUUGGUUCAGCAAUCAAGUUACAGUAGAGAGUUUAUCAGUUAGCUCCGGUAUAUUCGAAAGCAAAUGGAUAACCAUGGAUGCGAAAAUUCAAAAGGAAGUAGCUUUGCUUCAAUUCAGCACGUCCAAACGGCUUUGUUUUAGAGCUGGACCAUGUAAUGAAAUGUCUCUCGACACCUUUAUUGCGAUCCUAAAAACCAGCUACAGUUUCUUUACUCUACUUAAGGAAACCAAGUAG